AAAAGAUAGUUCGGCAAAUAGCGUUCAGAUAGCGCAGCGAUACGUCGGUGCGGUAUUUCGACUCGUGUCAUACGAGAGGUUAUACAGAUCGAUCUUAACCACGACGAAAGUAGUACGUGUAUGAACGUUGAUCGAAGAUGUUUGUAAUUUUCGAUUCCAUAUAAACUAACCUUUUAUAAUGUUCGUAAAAAUUUAUAAGAUAAAACAUAAAUUUCUUGAUCUCACACAACCAUUUACAAAUUCAUUCAGAAUAUUUAAGGUUUCAAAAAAACAAAUACAUACUGCUCCCAAAGAAGGACCGUGGAGUGUAUUAUUUUUUGGAGUUGAUGAUUUUUCUUUAGAAAGUUUAAAAGGUUUACAUAAAGAAUACGAGUUGAAAACACUAUGUCGACUAGAAGUCGUCACUACACAACAAAACAAGAAACAAGAAGUUAGAGAUUAUGCAAUGCAAAAUGGAAUUGCGAUGAGAACUUGGCCUGUAACAUUUGAUACUGAUGGUUUUCAUAUAGGAAUUGUUGUUUCUUUUGGUCAUUUAAUACCAAAGAAGAUAAUAAAUUCAUUUCCAUUAGGCAUGUUAAAUGUUCAUGGCAGUUUAUUACCAAAGUGGAGAGGAGCGUCGCCGAUUACAUACUCUUUAAAAAAUGGAGAUACACAUACAGGUGUUACAAUAAUGAAUAUAUUGCCGAAAAAAUUUGAUAUCGGAGAGAUAAUAGCACAGGAACAAAUAAGUAUUACCCCAGACGAAACUUUACCAGAAUUACGUGCUAAACUAGCAAAAAUAGGCGCAAAUCUUCUAGUCGAGACAAUAAAAAAAUUACCAUCCAUAUUAUCAAAUGGAAGACCUCAAAACGAAACGGAGGCAACGUAUGCUCCCAAAUUUACAUCAAAGAUAUCCUUAAUAAAAUGGGAUGAAAUGUCAGCUAUAGAUAUAUACAAUCUACAACGUGCUCUUGUAGGAUUAUAUCCAUUAACUACAAAAUUUCGAAAUACGAUGAUUAAAUUGUUAGAUAUUAAAAAAAUAGAAAAACCAAAUCAUUUGUCACAUUUACAGUUAGAUAUACCAGGUGUUGCGACAUUUGAUAAAGUAAACAAAGUUCUAAUUGUAAAAUGUAAAGACGAUAGCUGGAUAUCCGUCGGGAAAGUAAGUAUUCCAGGACGUCGUUCGAUGAGCGCAAAUGAUUUUAGCAAUGGUUUCAUUCUUGGCCAGAAACAAAGAAUAAUAGUUUUUCAAUAAAAAAUAUUAGUUGCAACACCUUUACUAUUUAAUGAAUAUAUAUAAAAACCUUUGGAAUAUA